CGUCAAUAUGGCGGCCUGUAGGUUACCUCUGGAUUACCUCAGAGCUUAAACGAUUAUUUAGAGCUAACUGUUCAUUCAUGAAUCGAGUAUAAAAAAUGUUUCAGUUAAUUUGGUGCAGGGCCAACAUUACUGCACCCGUGCGGUCCCUGUCGUUUUAUUCGCGAUGCAAUAAAACAGCAGAUAUCUGGAAACUUUCACGGCUGUAUACAUCUCCAGGAGCAAAUGCACACAGCUCGUCACAACAACCUGGGAAUGCUGUCAGUCGCAUUUGGAGCCUUACUCAGAGAGCCGUCCGCCAGUCCACCACCCGAACAUCUAAACACCCGGGAGUGGCUCUGAAGUUUAUCUUAGGACCUGCACUACUCACUGUCUCUGGACGUCUGUUUUGCCAUGUAGCUUACUGCGAGGCAGAUGUGAAUAACAAUACCCCGGACGAGACAGAAGCCAAAACUCCUGUGCCUGAAUUCAAAUGGCAUAUCCUUUGGGAAUUUGUCAAGCCUCAGCUGUUUGCUCUCAUUGGUGCUGUGGUGCUUGCUUUUGGUGCAGCUAUCUUGAAUAUUCAAAUCCCCUUGAUGCUAGGGGAUCUGGUGAAUGUCGUUGCACGCUACCUGAGGGAACAUACUGGGAAUUAUGCCUAUGAGAUGAGGGCUCCUGCCCUGAAAUUGCUUGGACUGUACGGCAUCCAAGGCCUGCUGACGACUGGCUACAUCAUCCUGCUGUCGAGGGUUGGAGAGAGAGUGGCGGCUGACAUGAGGAAGACCCUUUUUGCAUCCUUACUGAGACAAGAUGUGGCUUUUUUCGAUGCUAAUAAAACUGGGCAGCUGGUGAACCGUCUGACUGCUGACACUCAGGAGUUCAAGUCAUCCUUUAAGUUGGUCAUCUCUCAGGGACUGCGGAGUAUUACACAGACAGUUGGAUGUUUUGUGUCUCUGUAUGUCAUCUCUCCGAAACUCACAGGUCUGACAGUAGUUGUCAUUCCCUGUCUGGUGGGAGCCGGGGCUUUCAUUGGCUCAUUCCUUCGCAAACUAUCCCGUUUGGCUCAAGAACAGGUGGCAAAAGCAACAGGAGUGGCAGACGAGGCACUUGGAAAUGUGCGAACAGUGAAGGCUUUUGCCAUGGAGGAGCGGGAGCUACAGUUAUAUGCAUAUGAAGUUGAAAAAUCUUGUGAAGUGAAUGAACAUCUUGGUGCUGGAAUAGCAAUUUUCCAAGGAAUGUCAAACAUUGCCCUGAACUGCAUUGUUCUGGGAACUAUUUUCGCUGGAGGGACUUUAAUUUCUAGCAGUGAAAUGUCCCCUGGAGACCUGAUGUCUUUCUUAGUUGCUUCCCAAACGGUGCAGAGGUCUUUGGCCAGUAUGUCUAUCCUCUUCGGACAGAUGGUGAGAGGAAUGAGCUCUGGGGCCCGUGUGUUUGAAUACCUGGCUUUGCAGCCUACUAUAACACUCUCUGGAGGAGGACGCAUCCCUAACAAUUCUCUGAUGGGAAGGGUUGAUUUUAUGAACAUUUCAUUCAGCUAUCCGACAAGAAUUGAGCAACAUAUCUUGAAGAAGUUAAACUUAACACUGCCACCAGGCAAAACUGUCGCCAUCGUUGGAGAAUCUGGAGGAGGAAAGUCCACAGUAGCAUGCUUGCUGGAGCGUUUUUACGACCCGACCAGUGGUGUCAUCAUGUUGGAUGGACUUGACAUUCGAACACUUGACCUGUCCUGGCUCAGGGGGCAAGUUAUCGGAUUUAUCAAUCAGGAGCCGGUUUUGUUCGGAUCAUCUAUCACUGAAAACAUCCGCUUUGGGAAGCCUGAAGCCACUGACGCUGAGGUCAUUAAUGCAGCCAAGCAAGCCAACGCUCACCGCUUCAUUACAGAUUUCCCAGAAGGCUAUAACACUGUGGUUGGUGAGCGCGGUGUGACGUUAUCAGGUGGCCAGAAACAACGCAUUGCCAUCGCUCGUGCUUUGAUCAAGAACCCCAGCAUCCUUGUGCUGGAUGAAGCCACCAGCGCCCUGGAUGCAGAAUCGGAGCGCGUGGUGCAGGAAGCUCUGGACAAGGCCACAAGGGGUCGCACUGUGCUCAUCAUCGCCCACCGACUGAGCACCAUUCAAAACGCUGACCUCAUCUGUGUUAUGAGCAAUGGCCGCAUUGUGGAGGCUGGGACUCACGUGGAACUGCUGAGCAAAGGAGGACUUUAUUCUGAUCUGAUUCGCAGACAAAGAGCUGAGGGGAAGAAAUGAACCCUGCAACAACUUUUCUGUAGAUCUAUGAUGAGUAAUAGAGUCUAUUUUUAAAUGUAUAGAAAAGGUUUGUGCAGACAGCAGCUAUAAAUUUACCAGCUCAUUGUCUUGAAUUUUAUGACAAACUUUCAAUUGCAAGGAAAUGUCUAAGUGGACCAACUGGAUCAGCCUGUGAACACACUACACUACUGUAUAGUCGUUAAUGAUAAUGGGAAUUUCAUAAAAUAAUUUAUUAUGUAUAACAAUGACAAAUUAUAAUACGAUAGAAAUAAAAUAAAGUUGGGUUUCA